AUGUGUACUCGAGAGAUUCUGACUUUACAGUUUGGUCAUUAUACAAAUUAUGUAGGAAGUCAUUUUUGGAAUAUCCAGGAAUUAAGUUUUGAUUAUACGGGUACUGUUAAGACUGAAUGUAAUCACGAUAUAUUGUAUCGGGAAGGACAAUCAUCUUCUGGUGAAGUUACUUACACCCCCCGAUUGUUAUUGGCUGAUUUAAAAGGAUCUCUAAAAACUUUACCAGCCACUGGAGGCCUAGAGGAGACAAAUUUAGAGGGUGAUUUUUCGUGGGAAGAAGUUGAAACAAUUAAGGAACCAGAACCUGACAAGAAUGAGUUCAUAAAAGAUAUAAAUGCCGGCACUUCGAAUUUACAAGAUAAAGAAUAUAAAUUAGAGCAGGAUAUAAACACAUGGACUGAUUAUUUAUAUCCUCGAUUCCAUUCUCGUACAGUAAAUAUUAUAAAGGAAUACCAACAUAGUUCAGAAAAUGAAAGUUUUGAUAUCUUCACAUCGGGUAGUACUCUAUGGAAAUCAGAUAUUGGAGAAACAUUUGCAGAUAAUAUCAGGAAAUAUGUUGAAGAAUGUGAUAGCUUGCAAGGAUUCCAAGUCAACUUUGAUUGUACUGAUGGAUUUUCUGGACUCGCACUUGGCUGCAUAGAACAUAUAGGUGAUGAAUACUCCAAGACAAUAUUAUCAUAUCCAAUCAUAGCAUCACAUUUCUCAGAUAAUAGUCCAUCGACAGAAGAAGAAAGAGAGAAGUCCACAUUAAAAGAUUCAUUUAGAUUAGUUAAUAUUGCAUUAUCAAUUGAAGCUCUGUCCCAGCAUGUCAAACUAUUUGUUCCUUUAUGUACCGGUGAAAAAGGAUGGAGAAAGCCGGGAAAUCCUCGGCUAUUUGACUAUAUCGAUUAUAAACCAGAAUGUUAUUAUCAUUCCUCAGCAUUGUUAGCUUCAGCUAUGGAUAGUUUAGGUCAGAAAUACAGACAUAAAAGUAAUGUUUACACAAUGUCUGAUGUUUGUGCCGACAUGACGGGUUAUGGAAGAAAGAUGGCAGCUGCGUCACUUGGAAUACCAUUCACUUUCAGUGAAUCUCAAUAUCUCAUAGAGUAUUUAAAUAGCACCACAAAACUCAUUUAUCAAUCCAUCACACCAAGUUGUAAAAUUGCUACUGAUAAACUUUUCCAGUUAAUCACUGUGAGAGGUAUUCCAGAAACAUACUUGAAAGCACCAAUGAAAGAAGCCAAAGAACAGUUGAAUAUCCCCGCAUAUAGGUGUAAUAGUGUGAAGGAAAUGUUUGAAUUGUAUUUCCAAGCAAAUAAUUUCCUAUCUGCCACUAAUGUAACUGUAUGUGAAAAACCGCUCGAAUUAAAAACUCCAUAUCCACGAUUCUUCUCAGAUAGACUUAAUAAAUAUGGUUUUAUUAAUAGUGGACCAGAAUCGGAAAAGGUUGAGUCUUGUCCAGUCAUAGCAGGACUUCAUAACGGUAACUUCAUGGCAGAUAUGAUUGAAAAAUUACAUAGAGAUGUAAGCAGAAUUAAAUUUUCUAAAUUGCAUAAAUUUGGUAAUGAAGGUCUCGAAUAUGGUGAUUAUAAAGAGUGUUUGGACAGGAUAGCUGAAUUCAAAGACAAUUAUGAAGACAAUUUUGAGCUUUAA